CCAACCCUACCCAAUUUACUGGACAAAGUAGCUAGGUGUAGAAGGGCAGGCAGUACAGGGAAGCAAUCAGCAGCAACCUCGCCGACUUGAGGACGCCCAUCUCUCCCACCAUAAAGAAGCAUCUUCGAGGAGCCUUUACGGACCACCUCGUCGUCUUUUACCGGUUUUCUGCGCAGGCGCACAACCGCGGUCAUUCAACAUGGGCUUCUCAGACAUGACUGCCUCUCUGAAGAGAUUAAUUUCCGGGGAAAAUAACCCUAGGUACACCGCAAUACCGGCCUCCAACAGCGUCACCGAUGGCGGGAAUGUACAGAUUCAGUCCAGUGGGAGCAGAUGGCUACCACAGAACAGGCGACUCCUUAGGGUCUUGGGUGCACUCGUUUUUGUCACUCUCGUUGUCCACCUCGGUGUCGUUCUCUGGCGCAUCACGAAUUGCAAGGUUACGGGCAACUGCCAGGAGGAGGACCACACCCAGCUCUGGGGCCAGUACUCGCCCUUCUAUCCCGUGCCCUCAGACUUCGACAGGGACGUCCCCGCGCAGUGCGAGGUCACCUUUGCCCAGGUCCUGUCACGGCACGGCUCUCGUGACCCGACGGUUCACAAGUCCGCCGCGUACCGAGAGCUGCUGGCCCAGAUCCAGGAAACCGUAGAGGACUACGCCCAGGGCUACGAGUUCAUCCGGGACCACAAGUACACACUCGGAGCCGACCAGCUGACGGCCUACGGCCGGCGCGAGAUGAAGGUAUCCGGCACAGCAUUUUACCGCCGGUACAGGGCCCUUGCGGCGUCUUCCGAGCCCUUCGUUCGGGUGUCGGGCCAGCAACGCGUCAUCGACUCCGGGCUGGAAUGGAUGGAUGGGUUCCUCGAGGCCAAGCAGGCCGACGGGCACGAGGUUCCGGGGGCGGAAAGGGCCGACUGGGAGGGUCGUAUUGUGGUUGUACCGGAAGAAGAGGGGACCAACAACACGCUCAGCCACGGGCUCUGCUCCGAGUUCGAGGAGGGCCCGUUCUCCCGCUUGGGGGGAGAAGCCCAGACGGAGUGGAGGGACGUAUUCAUGCCUCCCGUCGCGGCUCGGGUCAACGCUCAUCUGCCCGGGGCGAACCUGACCCAUUCCGAACUGGUGUACCUGAUGGACCUCUGCCCCUUCAGCACGGUGGCGGACCCGGACCUGACGCUGUCGCCGUUUUGCGGGCUGUUCACGCUGGACGAGUGGCGCGAUUACGACUACUACCAGACCGUGGGCAAGUACUACGCCUACAACGAGGGGAACCCUCUGGGGCCGACGCAGGGUGUGGGUUUCGUCAACGAGCUGGUGGCGCGGUUGACGGGCAGGCCUGUGCAGGAUCGGACGUCGACCAACGAGACGCUGGUCGGGGACGAGGAGACGUUCCCCCUCGGACGGGCGCUGUAUGCCGACUUUAGCCACGACAACGACAUGAUGGGCAUCUACGGCGCGUUGGGACUGUACGGGGAAGAGGCGACGGGAGGGCCGCUGCCCAAGGCGGAGCGGUUGUCGGCUCUGGAGGCGGGCGGUUUCGCGUCGAGGUGGACGGUGCCGUUCGGAGCGAGGAUGUACGUCGAGAAGAUGAGGUGUGGAAUGAUUCGCGGUGGGGAGGAUGAAGAUGAGGAACUUGUGCGGAUCCUGGUCAAUGACCGGGUCGUUCCGCUGGCUGGAUGCGGCGCGGACCGCUUGGGUCGCUGUCGGCUGAGUGCGUUCGUGGACAGCUUGGAAUUCGCGCGCAACGGUGGCCGCUGGGAUGAAUGCUGGAUUUAAUCAAUGAGUGAACGCAACGAGUAAGCGAGCGGGGAGUCCGGCGUUUGAUAUUGCACAUUUUUGUACGUCGUUGAUGAAUGAAUUGAUUCAUUGCGUUGUGGUUGAG